AUGGAAUAUUCAGUGCUGCUAUUACUUCUAUCAGUAGUUUUAGUCCAAGGAUAUCUCAGUGAUUUUAAUCAAACCGUUCUAAGUGAGCAUAGAAACAACAGAUCAUUUAACGAAUCAUUGGUUGAAACACGCAGUAAAAAAAAUCAUAACAAGAAGGAAUUUGAUGAAGCUUUUAACUAUUACUACAAUGGAAUCCCUUCAAAGAGAGAACCAAAGUUUAUAAGUUUUCAAACAGCUGAUAACAUUGAAGUGGAACUCGAUUUUUCAAUACCUUUGCUUUCGAUUCCUGUACGAAAAUCUCUUGACAGUGUUUUAGGUGGAAAAAAAACCUUCCCUCUAGCAAAUCUCAACACUGGAUUUUUCGUAUUCUUCAUUUUGUCAUUAAUAAGUACUGCUAUAUAUGGUGCACUUACAAUGUUAAAGAAAACCGUAGGCGGUUCUGAUCCAAGUAAAUUUCCGUGGUUACGAAAAUUUUUAUUGUUCAUUGGUAAUAAUGGUACAGAAAAUCAUUUAUGGUGGAGAAUUUUGAAUCAAAUCGACAAAUCGCUUCAUAAAAAUGGAAUAGAUUCAAGAAGUUGUAUGAAACGUGCGGUUUGUUGGCAAGUGAAGGAAAGUUUUGCGAAUAUUUAUGAUAAGAACGCAAAAAAUUUCGAUUACAUUAUUACUGAUCUGGCAAGCUCUACAAUGAUCCAACAGUUAACUUCAUCAUCACCAAUGAAUGAUGCCAUCGUUGCUGCCAAAAGAGGUGCAAAUUGUGAAACAACUUUCCCAAAAUGUGUUUUAAAUUCUAGUAGUAGUAAGUUUCAGAAAUAUUUAAUUGAAGAAGAACCUGAAAAUUAA